AUGACAACACCAUCUGACCCUAAAUUUGAUAGGUCAAGACUAUCAGAUAAUGAAUUUGUAGAACAAUUAAUAUUUGAAAAUCGUGAAUUAAAAGCUCAAAUUAAUAAUUUAAAUAAAAUUGUUGAUAAUUUUAAUAAUUUGAAGAAUGGAGAUAUUAAACUAAAUGGUGAUGAUAAUAUAUCUGCAAGUGAAAAGAUACAAAAUUUACAAAAGAAAUCAAGUAAAGAAUCAAACGAGAAUAAUAAUAGUUCAAUGUCACCACAAGAUAUACCUAUGAGAUCAGCAAGAAGGAGGAAAAAUUCACUCGAUUCAAAAACUUUAGUUAAACAAGCAUCAACAUCAUCAUUACAAUCAUCUAUACUAACAUAUGAGGAAGAAAUUGAAUCUUCUAUAUUACUGAAAAAUGACAAGGAUACGACUGUUAAAAAUAAAUCUAAUUUUGAAAAUACAAUGGAAUCCAUAAAUAGUGCUACAUUAGAUCCAACUAAUUCAAAUACAGAUGCAAUUAAUUCAUCUUCAUCAAAAUUAAAUACAAGUACAAGCUCAAUUGCGUCAAAAAUUAGAGUUAAACCACCCCAAUUUCAACAAGAUUCAAAAAUGUCGUCACUACCCCUGAUACCUUCAAAUUUAGAUAAUGAAAUACCAAAGACACCAGAUGGAUUAUCAGCAUUUGGUGUGAAAUUUGAAAAUGCUUCAUCAAGUACAGAACCUACAACCAGUUUAGACCUACCUUAUACUUUACAAGCAACAAGUACUAAUAAUUCAAAUACUAAUUUAACACCAAGACCACAAUUUCAUACUCCAAAUACAUCAUCAAAUCAUAUAAAUGUAGUUUCAAGUCCACAAACUCCUGGUUCGAGUUUUACAAUAUUACAUACACCGAAAACUGAAAUGGAUGAAUCAACUUUAUUUAUAAAACCAGAAGAAUUUCAUACAAUAUCUAUUUCAAUUGUUAGUACUAUAAGUACAGCAAACCAAACAUCAAAAGAUCCAAAUAUAACAAUGAAAAUAAACGACCGUGAAACCAAUAAAGAAAUGUGGAAAAUUAGAAAAACAUAUACUCAAUUAAUAUCAUUUGAUAAUGAAAUUAGACCAAUUAUUGAAUAUUUUGGAUUAACAAUAUUACCGGACAAGCAAUUAUUUUUAUCAACAACUCCAACCAAAAUUGAAAAUAGACGAUCUAAAUUACAAAAUUAUUUUAAUUCAAUUUUUUUAAUGCCUCAUAUACCUCAUAUGGUUUUAUAUAAGAUAUGUAAAUUCUUAUCAUUAAAUUUUGUAAAUCCUUUAGAUGAUUAUCAAAGUGGUGCAAGAAAAGAAGGAUUUUUAGUUAGAAAAUAUAAAGGAUUAGGUAGUAGUUGGAAAAUUAGAUGGUGUCAAGUUGAUGGACCUAAUUUAGAAAUCUAUGAAAAUCCAGGUGGAAUUUUAUUAGAACAAAUUAGAUUGAAAAGAAGUCAAAUUGGUAGACAAUCAACUGACUCAGUUGCUGAAGACAAAGGUUAUAGACAUGCAUUUUUAAUUAUGGAAUCACAAAAAUCAUCAAAAUUACAUUCAUCAACUCCAAAACAUUUCUUUUGUGCAGAAACUGAUGAAGAAAGAGAUGAUUGGGUAACUGCAUUGAUUGAAUUUACAGAAGUUUCUGUUGAUUCAGAAGAAUCUUCUCCAAUUGUUGAUAAUAAUAAGGAUCAAUUUUUAACACCAAGUUCAAGAUAUGAAUCUGACGAAUUAGAAUCAAUAUCCAGAAAAUUUAUGUAUAAUGAAACACCAACACCAACGACUAUUAAUAAUGAUCCAAUGUCUAUGAAACCAUCAUCAUCUUUAGAUACUGAACAACAAGCAAAGAAGAUGAAAAAAAGAAGUAUAUUUCCAUUUAGACGAGAUAAUGUUAAUGAAGAACAACCAAUUCAACAAAGAGAAAAUCAACCACCACCACCGCCACAACAACAACAACAACCUAUACCACAACCUCAAGAUGAUAUGCAAUUGUAUUUUAAUCAACUUAAUCUUGAUAAUAAUUUAGCUAAAUGUACAUUUGGUAGAGAAAUUGAAGUUGCUUUUGACUUAUCACAUCAUGAUUAUUUAGGUAAACAAAUUCCAAGUAUAUGCUACAGAUGUUUAGAUUUUCUUAAUAAAACAGGAGCUAUAUUUGAAGAAGGUAUUUUUAGAUUAAGUGGAUCAGCAUCAUUAAUACGUCAAUUAAAAGAUCAAUUUAAUACUCAAUUUGAUAUUGAUUUUUUUAAAAGUCCUUUAAAACCAGAUAUACAUACAAUUUCAGGAUUAUUUAAAACUUAUCUUAGAGAAUUACCAUCACCUAUAAUUGGAGCUCAAGCUAAUAAUCAUUUAAAUUCAGUCAUGUCAUCAAACUCCAAUUUAUCACCUUCUGUAAUUGCAACUAUUUUCAGAGAUUAUUUUAAUUUAAAUAAUGUUGAUAAAAUUCAUUAUGAUUUAAGUUAUAUUAUCUUUCAAUUCCUUAGACAAAUUAUAUCACAAAACCAAAUAAACAGAAUGAAUUUAAGAAAUGUUUGUAUUGUAUUUGUACCAACUUUAAAUAUUUCAUUAGAAGUUUUGAGUACAUUUUUAGUUGAUUUUGAAUGCAUUUUUGAAAAUGGUACACCAAUACUGGAUACUAAUAGAGAAGUUUUGGAUUUACAUAUACCUAAUUUUUAA